AUGGAACUUAUUCAAUCGCAGAAAGGCAAAGAUUUACUGUUGAGCGAUGGGUACCGGUAUCGUAAGGCGAGAACUAAUACCGAUGGCAGUGUAUCAUGGAGAUGCGCCGAGACACCUUGCCGAGGACGUGUCAAAGUGUCAUUGGAAAAUGUCGUGGUAAAUGUGACUCGACACAGUCAUGCUCCAGAUCCAGCUAAAAAUGAAGCAAAAAAAUCUGUGUCUAAUAUGAAAAGGCGAGCAGCGGACACCCUUGAGAAACCAAGGCAGUUGAUUCAAGGAUCGACAAGAGGGAUAAAUUUGGAAGCAUCAGUCCAUUUGCCAUCGUACAAUGCAUCUCAGAGAACUGUUGAGCGUAUUCGGCAAAGGCGUGAAGUGUCGUGCCCAAACCCAGGCUCUGUUGCCGAUAUUAAUAUUCCUGUUGCACUACAAGUCACUUCAAGAAAUCUAAAUUUCUUGUUAUGGGAUUCUGGACAGAAUGAUCCUCAUCGCAUCUUCAUGUUUGGUACUGAAGAAAAUUUGGAAGUUUUAGAGGAGCACCGGCACUGGCACGUAGAUGGAACCUUUAAAGUAGCCCCACAAUUAUUUUUACAAGUAUUUACCAUUCAUGCAUUGGUAGAUAACCGUUCUAUUCCGUUGAUUUACGUGCUUCUACAGGAUAAACGAGAAGAAACAUAUGUUCGAGUGUUUCAAAAAUUGAUGGAGUUGAUAUCAUUUGUAGAAAACAUUAUUCAGAUACAUUUGCAAUAG